AAUUCCAAAAUUUAAAAAGAAAAUUAAAAAGAAUAAAAAAAUAGCGACGCCGACGACCCAACCAAAUACAGCAGAAACUCAGCUCAUUAUUUGUUCGACUUUUCUUUGCUGUCUCUAGAAGACCAAAAUUCCACCCACUAAUUUUUCUCUGUUUCAGCAUCUGAAUUUUUUGAUUGAGAGGAAGAUAGAAUGUCUGGCGGAGGCACACAAAAUAGCUUGAGGAAAGCACUCGGAGCCAUCAAAGAUACCACCACCGUUUCAUUGGCUAAAGUCAAUAGUGAUUAUAAGGAAUUGGAUAUUGCUAUAGUAAAGGCCACCAAUCAUUAUGAACGCCCAGCAAGGGAGAAAAACAUUAGAGCAAUUUUCGCCGCCAUUUCAGCUACUAGGCCUCGGGCUGAUGUUGCCUACUGCAUCCAUGCUCUUGCAAGGCGGUUAUCAAGGACACAUAAUUGGGCGGUUGCAUUGAAAACUCUAAUAGUCAUUCAUCGUGCUCUGAGGGAGGUGGAUCCCACAUUUCAUGAAGAACUCAUUAAUUACGGCAGAAGUAGAAACCAUAUGCUUAACAUGUCUCAUUUCAAGGAUGAUUCCAGCCCAAACGCCUGGGAUUACUCUGCCUGGGUUCGCACUUAUGCCUUAUUCUUGGAGGAGAGGCUGGAAUGUUUCCGUGUCUUGAAGUAUGAUAUUGAGAUGGACCGCCCUAGAACCAAAGAUUUAGACACUGCUGAGUUGCUUGAACAGCUGCCAGCUUUGCAACAACUUCUUUUUCGUGUUCUUGGCUGUCUGCCACAAGGUGCAGCUGUUCAUAAUUUUGUUAUCCGGUUUGCACUUUCAAUGGUUGCUUCCGAAAGUAUCAAAAUUUAUCAAGCUAUAAGUGAUGGUACAGUCAAUCUUGUAGACAAGUUCUUUGAGAUGCAACGUCCUGAUGCUUUGAAGGCUUUGGACAUAUACCGGAGAUCUGGGCAACAGGCAGAGAGGCUUUCAGAAUUUUACGAAGUAUGUAAAAGUCUGGAUGUAGGGCGUGGAGAAAGGUUUAUUAAGAUAGAGCAGCCUCCUGCAUCGUUUCUACAAGCCAUGGAAGAGUAUGUAAGAGAAGCUCCACGGUCUUCAGCAGUUCGCAAAGAUCAGGCUGACAAACCCAAGGAAGUGUUGGCCAUUGAGUACAAGAAAACCCCAGAGGAGCAGGAGAAACGUUCACCAUCACCUCCUCCUCCUGAACCAGAAAAAGUGGAGAAAGUGGAAGAGCCUAUUGUUGAACCUCCUGAUUUGUUGGGUUUAAAUGAUCCUGUCCCAGUUGCUUCAGAAUUAGACGAGAAGAAUGCCUUGGCAUUGGCUAUUGUUCCUGUUGCCGAGCAAACAACUGCUGCUGCCGCUCCUAUUCCAGCAAAUGGUACUACAGGCUGGGAAUUAGCACUUGUCACUGCUCCAAGCUCAAAUGAAAACGCCACUGCCGCUAGCAAACUGGCUGGAGGACUCGAUAAGCUUACCCUGGACAGCCUAUACGACGAUGCGAUCAGAAGAAGCAACCAGAACGUUAGCUAUAAUCCAUGGGAACCAGCUCCCAUGUCUGGUGCUAUGAUGCAACAACCAAUGCAUGACCCCUUUUAUGCCUCCAACAUGGUUGCUGCUCCACAUUCAGUCCAGAUAGCAGCAAUGGCCAAUCAGCAGCAGGCUUUUAUGUUCCAGCAGCAGCAACAGCAGCAGCAGAUGAUGAUGGCGGCCGCCCCACAACAGCAGCCUUCAAAUCCAUUCGGCAAUUACGGAGCCCCUGUACACCCUUACAGCUCAGGUAUGCCGGUUCAAACAUACAAUCCAUAUACAGGUGGCCUUAUGUAGAUGCGUUGCACGAAGAACACGUUUUAUAUCUUGAAGCAAAGGAAAAAAGAAACUGUGAAACUUUGUCAGUUGUGAAUUUUGAGCUUGGGAAAUGCUUGAAGAAAAGGAAAUUGUGUACCAUAUGUUGUGAAUGUGUUGUAGUUAGCUAGAUUAAGAUUCUUUGUUAAAUAAUUAGUGAGAGAGAGAGGGAGAGAGCAUUUUGUUAUUGAUUGUUUUCAUUGAUCAAGGUUGGUAAUAAUGCUAAUAGACUUGGUAACUUUUUUAUCAUUA